AAUGGCACGAUCCAUUUCUCAUGUCUUAUUUUCACUUGUUCUUUGCAUUCUGCUGCAAGAUCAUAUCCAAGCACUCAGACAGUCGUAUAUUGUAUACUUAGGAUCACAUUCUUUUGGUCCAAAUCCUUCUUUGGUUGAUCUUGAAUCUGUCACAGACUCUCACCAUGAUUUCCUUGGAUCUUACCUGGGAAGCAUCGAAAAGGCCAAGGAAGCAAUCUUUUAUUCUUAUAAUAGAUAUAUCAAUGGGUUUGCUGCAGUACUUGAGGAAGAUGAAGCAGCAAAUAUUGCAAAGCAUCCCAGUGUCAUAUCAGUUUUCUUAAACAAAAGGCAUAAAUUGCACACAACACACUCCUGGAACUUCCUUGGGUUAGAAAGAAAUGGUGCGUUUCCACCUCAGUCAGUAUGGCGGAAGACUAAGGGUGAAGAUGUCAUUAUUGGAAAUAUCGAUACAGGUGUUUGGCCUGAAUCCAAGAGUUUUGGUGAUGAAGGGUUUGGACCCAUCCCAAAAAGAUGGCGUGGAAUCUGUCAAACGGAGGAUAAUUUUAAAUGCAACAGGAAGCUUAUUGGAGCAAGAUACUUCUACAAAGGCUAUGAGGCAUUUAUUGGUAAAAAACUGAAUACGUCGAUAGUUAGUGCACGCGACCACGAUGGUCAUGGUUCACAUACUUUAUCAACAGCUGGUGGUAACGCUGUUCCUGGAGCUAAUGUUUUUGGGUUUGGCAAUGGAACUGCAAGUGGUGGAUCACCAAAAGCUCGAGUUGCAGCCUACAAGUCGUGCUGGCCUCCGGGAUGUUCUGAUGCAGAUAUUCUUGCUGCUUUUGAGGCUGCCAUAAGUGAUGGUGUGGAUGUGAUUACCAUGUCUGUGGGUUCAGAUAGUCCACCUGAGUUUUAUCAAAGUGGUAUAUCUAUAGGGUCCUUCCAUGCAGUUUCCCACGGCAUAACAUUGGUGGCUUCUGGAGGAAAUUCAGGACCUAUUCUUGGAUCUGUGUCCAACAUUGAACCGUGGACUCUCACUGUUGGAGCAAGCACAAUCGACAGAGACUUCGUUAGUAAUGUUAUACUUGGUAACGGGAAAAUCUUCAAGGUAUGCUGUUUACACAUACAACCUUGUUUUUGUCUUGUUCUUUUUCGUUUUCAAGGCAGCAUUGAAAACCCAAAUCAUGAGCCACUGACCUACCCUCCUUUUUGUUUUGUUAUUGCUAGGGAGCUAGCCUUUCAAGUCCAUUCUUGCAGCUUUUUUUGCACGAAUGAGACUCUUGAUGCUAGGAAGGUGAAGGGAAAGAUAUUGGUGUGUCUUCGCGGCGUAAAUGGUAGAGUAGAGAAGGGUGUUGUAGCUGCUAGUUUAGGAGCUGUUGGAAUGAUUCUGGCUAAUAAUGCGGGCGAAGGUGAUGAAAUUAUAUCCGAUCCCCAUGUGCUUCCUGCUACACAUGUUGGCUUUGAGACUGGCAAAUACAUUUAUAGUUACAUCAACCGUACCAAGUUUCCCGUAGCUUCUAUUUCUAGAGUGAGAACAAAACUGGGUACGAAGCCAGCUCCAGUUAUGGCUGCAUUUUCAUCAAGGGGUCCCAAUCUCCUCGACCCAGCAAUCCUCAAGCCUGAUAUCACUGCACCAGGAAUCAACAUCAUUGCUGCUUAUACUGAAGGCCAAGAUCCCACAAAACCUGACCAAAUAAUAACUCCUUACAUUGCAUUGUCUGGCACCUCAAUGUCGUGUCCUCAUGUUGCUGGUGUUGUUGGGUUGCUCAAAGCCCUCCAUCCUAAUUGGAGCCCAGCUGCUAUUAAGUCAGCAAUCAUUACCUCAGCAACUACAAAAGAUAACUCUAGAAGGGUUAUCCGAGCUUCAUCAUUGGAGAAGACAACACCAUAUGACUUGGGUGCAGGCCACAUUCGACCUAAUCGUGCUGCAUACCCCGGACUUAUAUAUGACCUAAAUACUACUGAUUAUUUAAACUAUUUGUGUGGUCGUGGCUACGACAGUUCCCAGAUUAUGUUGUUCUACGGCAAGCCUUUCACUUGUCCGAAGUCCUUCAGUUUAGCAGAUUUCAAUUACCCAACAAUCACGAUUCCUCGGAUUGAGUAUGGACAAUCUGUGAAAGUUUCUCGAACAGUUACAAAUGUUGGGUCCCCAAGCGUGUAUAGAGUUCGCAUUGAGGCGCCACCAAACGUUGCAGUUUCUGUUGAUCCUGCGGAACUAAAGUUCAAGGAAAAGGGUGAGAAAAAAGAGUUUCGAGUUUCAUUGACCUUGAAGUCCAAAACUGAGAACACCACUGAUUUCGUAUAUGGGUCGUUGACAUGGACUAAUCACAAGAACCGCGUUAGGAGUCCAAUUGUAGUUGUCUUGAAUAGUUUCUGAGUUUGUGUUUGUAUUUUAUCUUUGCAAUAAUGGUUCUGUUGAACAAUC